AUGAUUCCGACUAUGGGGAUAUGUUACAUGCUACAAUACAUGGAUAAGCUGGCUCUUAGCCAAGCAACACUCUUGAACUUGCGAUCAGACCUUUUUUAUAGAUUCUUGUGGGGCGGUAUUUUGAUGUGUCAUGCGGCUUGUCAGAACUUCGCUGGACUGAUCACUGCACGAUUUUUCCUCGGAGUUGGUGAAGCUGCUGUCGCGCCUGGAUUUGGCUUGAUCACUGGAAUGUUUUAUAAGCGUGAAGAGCAGCCAUCACGUCAAGGUGCAUGGUUUGUUGGUAACUGUAUCGCCAACAUAAUAGGUGGCGUAGUUGCCUAUGGAAUUGGCCACUCUGCUUCGAGCCUACAGAGCUGGCGUCUUUUAUUCCUUGCCCUGGGUGCCAUAACUUCUGGUUAUGCUGUGUUUCUCUUUUUCGUUCUCCCCGAUUCGCCCGCUACUGCUUCUUUCCUCACACCCUCGGAGCGAACUCUUGCAAUGCAUCGAACACUGACAAAUAAAACUGGUGCUUCUCAGUCCACGCCAUUUCAGUGGAGUCAGGUCGUGGAUGCGGCAAAGGAUCCUCAGGCAUGGCUUUUGGUGAUAUACACUUUUUGCGUGAAUCUUGCCAAUGGUGGACUGACUAGCUUCGGUGCCAUUAUUGUCGAAGGAUUUGGUUUCUCUGCUUUCAAAUCAUUGCUGAUCCAGAUGCCAAUGGGCUUUUCCCAACUGGUCUUCCUCAUUAUUACGGCAACUAUCGCGACAUACGUUUCCUCAGCUCGAAUCCCCGGAAUGAUGCUAAAUGUCGUUGUAUCUGUAAUUGGCACGGUCAUGAUAUACACUCUCGAUGAUGUCCAUAAAGUUGCAAAGAUGGUGGGGCUGUGCUUCGUCGCAGCGUUUGCUGUCAACAUCCCCCUUGCCUUAAGUAUCGUCAGUUCAAAUGUUGCCGGUGUUACGAAAAGAAGUACGGUCAGCGUUUCUAUCUUCGCUGCGUACUGUAUAGGAAAUAUUGUGGGUCCACAAUUCUUCUUGGCUUCAGAGGAGCCCGUCUAUGGCACCGGUAUCCGUGCUUCGCUUUGCGGACUUGCGUUAGGUAUUUUUUUUCUAGUUUUACUUCUCAUAUUCUAUAUUUAUGAGAACAAAAGACGAGACGCUAAACAGAGCCCGAUGGACUUUUCUGAUCCCCACGAUCUUGUUGCGGAACAAACGAACAAGACGGACCGGCAGAUUCUUAGGUUUCGUUAUGCUCUUUAG